UAGAGAACAAAGAAUGGAAGAAAUGCAAGGAAGAACGAGAAGAAGGAACUCAGAGCUGUCUUCUAGUCAGAUAGAUCAGCUGGAUGCGUAUUUCUAUCGGCAUGACAUUAAGUUGACAAAGAAGAAUCUUAAAAUUGUUUCUAAGGCACUGAAUAUCCCACAUAAACGAAUUGUAGAAUAUGUCAAUUAUAGACAGAAAGAGUCACGUGAAAGCAGUCAUGAGGAAUAUAUAAAGAUGAUGCAAACUCUCAGCGAUAUAAAUAUGCAGAUAAAAGAUAUUUGGAAGGGAUUUGACAGUCGAUAUAAAUAAAU